UUCCCUCCGCCAGGGGCGGGAGGUAGUCGAUGCUCAGAAAUACCUUUUCAAACAUAAUAAUAAUAAUAAUUCAGAAAUACAAAUCAUUCUCAUUCUUUACUCUUACCUUCGAACUUACUGCUUUGCUCUCCGAUCUGCCACUCCGCCACAAUGACUUCUCCUCCUCUCGAUUUUUGAAGUUCCGAAACCAAACCCGACCUGAGUUGGUAGCUGAGACUGACUGUCGUCAUUGUGAAAUGGGUAAAUCAACAUCCUCUUUUCUUUUUAUAUGCAAUCGUUUGAUUAUUAGAGUAAGCCUUCCAUUUCGUGCUUUUACUUCUUAUCAUUAUUGUUCCACUAUUAGAGAAAAUGCGAAAACCCCAUAUCAGAAUCGGAAUCAGUUUUUGAAAUCUGUGAGAGAUCACUGCAAAUCUGGAACCUUUAAGAAUCUUGAUCAUGCCUUAGGCCUGUUUGAUACAAUGCUUCACAUGCACCCUUUGCCCUCCAUUGUCGAUUUUACUCAAUUGUUGGGUGCCAUUGCAAGAAUGAAGCAUUACUCUGUAGUCGUUACUCUAAUUAAACGAAUGGAAUCAUUUGGAAUCUCUCCCAAUGUUCAUACUCUCACUGUUUUGAUUAAUUGCUUCUGCCAUUUGAACCGGGUCGAUUUUGGGUUCUCUGUCUUAGCAAUAGUUUUGAAACUUGGAUAUCAACCAAACCGUAUAACUCUAACCACUCUUGUCAAGGGGCUUUAUCUUAGAGGUAACAUUGCUGGAGCUGUGAGGUUGGUAGAGGAAAUGGAGAAGAAAGGGUAUGAACCUGAUGCAAUUACUUGUGGGACGAUAGUAAAUGGUCUGUGUAAGAAUGGCCAAACUGGUGUGGCUAUUAAGUUGCUCAGGAUGCUUGGAAAAAGGAAUUUUGAACAAAAUGUGGUGCUCUAUAGCACGGUAAUUGAUGGUUUAUGUAAGGAUAGAUUGGUAACUGAGGCUUUGAAUCUUUUAUCUGAAAUGAUGAGUAAAGGCAUUCAGCCAAACGUUGUCACUUACAAUUCCUUAGUUCAAGGACUAUGCAAUUUUGGCCGGUGGAGGGAGACGGCUACUUUGUUGAAUGAGAUGGGGCAAAGGAAGGUCAUGCCAGAUGUACAAACAUUUAGCAUAUUGGUGGAUACACGUUGCAAGGAAGGGAUGUUGACUGAGGCAAAAGAAGUUUUUGAUGUGAUGAUUCAAAGAGGCAUUGAUCCUAACAUAGUCACUUACAAUUCUUUGAUUGAUGGUUAUUGUUUGCAAAACAGACUGGAUGAGGCAGUUAAGACGUUUAAUAUGAUGGAUGAGAAGGGUUGUUCACCCGAUGUGGUUAGCUAUAGCAUAUUGAUCAAUGGAUAUUGCAAAAGUGAAAAAAUUGAUGAGGCAAUGCAUCUAUUUCAUGAAAUGUCCAACAAAGGAAUGAUUCCCGAUGUAGUGACUUACACCUCUCUUAUUGGUGGGUUUUGUCGAGUGGAGAGAGUCCAGGCUGCACUAGAGCUAUUCAAUACAAUGCGAGCUUGUGGCCAACAUCCAGAUCCCCAAACCUAUGCCAUCUUGUUAGAUGGCUUUUUUCAGAAGAGACGAAUUUCUGAGGCAAUGGCAUUGUUUCAGGAGAUGGAAGACAAAAGGCUGGACUGUGGUAUUGUGAUUUACAGCAUCUUGAUCGAUGGUUUCUGCAAUGUUGGGGAACUUAUGACUGCAAGAGAAAUCUUUGGUGGCCUUCCUGCAAAAGGAUUGAAACCUAAUGUUUGGACUUACACUAUAAUGAUCAAAGGAUUUUGCAAGAAUGGACUAGUUGAUGAAGCAAGUGAGCUGCUUGAGAAAAUGGAUGGCAAUGGUUGUUCACCUAACGAGCACACAUAUAACACAAUAAUCCAUGGGUUUUUGCAACAUAAAGAGACAACAAAGGCAAUGAAAUAUCACAAGAUGAUGGUUGACAAGGGAUUUUCAGCAAACGCAACAACUGCAGCCUUAUCAAAAAAUUAAGUAGAUGAAAAUAUUCAAGAAUUG